CUACGGCCGCAUGCGCACAACGCACAACGGCCCAAGGCGUCGGUGAACGAAGAUGCAAUGUACUAUAGCAGCAUCAGUACCAGCAGAGAGGUGAAAAUAGACCGAAACAAGGGGACGUUGCAAAAGUGCCGAUUGUAGUUCUGGUGACUGUGCGACUAGUGAGCCGGAGCGCCAGGAUGGGGGAACAUAAGGAAUCUCUUCGUAAGAUCACGACCACACUGACGUUAAAGAAUGAGGAGAUUACGAACUUCAUCUGCAGCCUCAAACAGAGUCUGGAGAACUUGGAGGCCAACUCAGACCGUGUCCAUGGAGACCUGGAGUCUGAGUUCACCUCCCUCAACGCCGUCCUGGACCAGCUGAAGGACGGGAUGCUGACCCGCAUCAAACAGGAGCGCGCCAGCCGCACCUACGAGCUGCAGAGUCAGCUGAGUGCCUGCUCUAAGGCCCUAGAGAGCUCGGAGGAGCUGCUGGAUCUAGCCAAUCAGACGCUGUGUUCCUCCCAGACGGAGGGCUUCAUGCAGGCGGCCAAAGACAUUAAGGAUAGCGUCACAAUGGCCCCCGCCUUCCGCCUUUCCCUGAAGGCUAAGGCCAGUGACAACAUGAGCCACAUGAUGGUGGACUUCAGCCAGGAGCGGGAGAUGCUGCGGGGAAUCUCCUUCCUGCCAGUGCCCGCCACCCCGGAGAUCCAGGUGUCGGAGUGCCAGGUGUGCGACAACACGGUGAGCGUCUUGUGGACGCUGCAGGAGCCGGACAGCAAGAUCGACCACUACACGCUGGAGCACCGACGCACCAACCACGACGGGCCCCCCCGGCUGCGGGAGGAGUUCCCCUGGAUGGUGGUGGAGGGCAUCCGCCCGAUGGAGCACACGCUCACAGGGUUACGCUUCGACACGCGCUUCAUGACGUUCAGAGUGAAGGCGUGCAACAAGGCCGUGGCCGGGGAGUUCUCUGAACCCGUCACGCUGGAGACGCACGCCUUCCUGUUCAAACUGGACGCGGCGUCGGCCCACCAGAACCUGAAGGUGGAGGAGCUCAGCGUGGAGUGGGACAGUGUCGGCGGGAAGGUCCAGGAGAUCCGCAAGGACAAGAACCGCACCAACCAGUCGCCCAUGCACUCCCCGGCCAGGGUGUCCAUGAUGUCCCCCAAGAGGGUGCCCACCGUGAGGCCGGGCCGGGACCGGUUCACGGCCGAGUCCUACACGGUGUUGGCGGACACUGCGAUCGACGCCGGCCAGCAGUACUGGGAGGUGCGCUUCGACAAGGAGAGCAAGGCCUUCGCGGUGGGCGUGGCCCUGCGCAGCCUGGGCCGCUUCGACCAGCUGGGGAAGAGCGGAGCGUCCUGGUGCAUCCACCUCAACAACUGGCUGCAGCAGAGCCUCACGGCCAAGCACAACAACAAGGCUCGCACCCUGGACUGCGCCAUCCCGGACCGCAUAGGGGUGUACUGCAACUACGAGGAGGGGACCCUGUCCUUCUACAACGCCAAACUCAAGCAGCUGAUGCACACCUUCAGGACCAAGUUCACACAGCCCAUCAUCCCGGCCUUCAUGGUGUGGAACGGGACGUUCUCUGUGAAGACGGGACUGCAGGUGCCCAGCGUGGUGCAGAGCGGACAGAGGAAGAACAGCAACACCAGCAGCUCCAACGCCAGCCUCACCUAGGACGCCCCCACCCAUCACCACCCAUACACACAUCUCAUCAUCCAUCACCCUCCCAUCCAUCCACCGGCCCCCCCACCCACCCAUCCACCACCUAGCAGGGGGGGGGGGGGGCCCAGCUGGAGCCACCCGCUGCUUGACGUUACCUCUUGUCUGGCUGGUCGACUCUUGUGUUUUAUCCCUGGAAUCUGGAAGUUCAACAACAACUUGCUCUCUGUGGCCCAACCCGCCGUCUGUAGGCCUCUGGCUACGUGGGUGACUGAGUGUCCUCCGAACGGUCCGUGUCUCAUCGUAACACACUGAGUUUUAGUUCUGUAGCAGAAUGCAUUUAGAGCGCUGGCCGCCCCCCUCGUGUUCAUUUCCCGCCGCGGUUGUCAUGGAAUCAUACAGCCGGCUGUGUGUGUGCGAGUGUGUGCGUGUGCGCGCGUCUCCACGUCUGCAUGUGUCCAGCUGUUCGCGACCCUGUGCCUUUCUUUAAUCGUGUUCAAACUAAAAGGCCAAACUGAACAAUCCACAGCGCUUCUGCUCUCGCCCUAUCAGAAGCGGUGUACUUAACGUGUGUCCGUGUAGCUUGUGUGUGUGAUGUCACUUCCUCCUCAUUAUCAGGUACUGACACUUUAAAAAUCUCACAGUUCGGAACUCACUUCUGUAGUCAUCUCAGUAGUCAAGUCAUAGCAAAGAUAAACUCACCGACUUAUGUUAACCUAGUCUCAGCCUGCUUUUAGACACCGCGACUGUAGUUUAGCACUAAAGAAGGACCAUUUUAACUCCUUCACCAGCAACAUUUCAAUGGAGUCAGAAGCGAUCAGCUUGGCUGUGACACCACCUGGUUUCGUAUGAACGGUCCCACACUUUGCUUACAAACUAACUUGGUGUAAUCCCUCUUUCAAAGUUCUGUCUCCAGUCUGCAACGCUUUGACUACCGAGCUCUCAAAAGGACUCGACCAAAAACAGUGUUGCUACUUGUAGUAUAUGGUAUAUUAUUAUGUUAGUUGGUUAUAUCUGAAUAAAGACACAUUUAUUCAAAGCUUUUUGAAUUGACUUGCCUGCGUUCUAUACAUGUUAACCACCCUAAACAGUACUGUAACUUCAUGACUGUCCUCGUUACCGUAACGCUUUUAUGUCUGGAAGGCUAGAGGCAGUGGAUGCUGCGGACAUGAGAGACUGGCUUCAGUCUUGAAGAAAGGGAUACUAGUACCACAUUAGGUUCAGCUGAUGAAGUCAUUUCGUACCCUUGAGGCCCCAUGGGGCAGAAAGGGGUGAAUAUCUCGCUCUGGAAGCCGUUUACUAAGAUUAGAUUAUUUUCUUUAUUUGAAUUUAAUCGUGUAUCACUUGCCGUAGUGUAAUGUUGUUUUAUAUCACGUCGACUUCUCUCUACCAAUAUGGUUACCACCAUGGGGAAAACUAGCUUGCAAUGCUUUGACUGAAUCUUUAUUUUAACAUUCUUUUACAUUUUAAAGAACUUUUGCAACGUACUGUAAAUAGUCAAAAAGUAUAUACUAUAAUGUAUUAGUCACAUUGAGGAAAUAAAGGAAUAAAGCACUGUUGUUCUUGAA